AUGCGCGUUUCUCAGGAGGACACCAGCGCGUCUGGCCGCCCUGUCAAGUACGUCGUGCACAGGUACAUCAACGGCGCCACGUGCCACCUCACCGGCCAGCCCCGCACCGCUGAGGUGCGCUACACGUGCCUGCGCGACUCAAAGGAGAACCUGAUCGCCUCUGUGCGCGAGUUCCCGACGUGCAACUACGUGGUGCUGCCCGAGGACUCGCGCCUGAUUUCGUGCGUCCCGCUGGGGGGCGCAGGGCAGGGGCAAGCAGAGGCGGAGGCGUUUGACAGCAGUGGCAAAGGCAGCGGCGGCGGCGGCAGCAGCGGCAUCGGGGGCGACGCCGAGCCAGUGGCUGAUAAAGCGGCAGCGACUGCGGGCGCAGCAGCAUCGGCGUCCCAGCAGGAUCAGCAGCAGGCCGCGGCUGCCCGGCCCAGCCCAGAGGCAGCGGCAGGAGUCGACGGCGGCGGCUUGCAGGCCGGAGGCGCGGUUGAUGGGGGCAGUAAAGGCGGCGGAGGCGCCGCAGAAGCAGGGGCCAUGGGGCGGGACGAGCUUUAG